GCGGCCACGUGUCCAGUUACUACUUCCACCAGAUGGCGCCGGCGAGGCAGGUUUUCCAGCAGAUGCCACACAUCUUCCCACUCUCCUCCCUCUGCAGCAACAGCUACCUCAGCAGAUGGCGGCCUUCAGGGGCUUCUACCCGCAGGUGUACCCAACCACCAUGGGCUCCAUGCAGGGUGCCGGCGUGGCCAUGGCGGGCGUGGGGGGCAUCAACAAGAAGAAUGGCAACAUCUCCUGCUACAACUGCGGCACCACCGGGCACAUUGCACAGGACUGCAAGCAGCCCUCCAUUGACGCCACACAGCAAGGUGGUUUCCGGCUACAGUACGUCGCCUCUCACAAUUCUGAAGCACUAGACAACACGGAAGGAUGA